CACUGUCAAAAAUUCAUAUCAAAAACACUGUUUCAUGUGAACAUUGGUAAUUAAAAUCAAAAUGAAAUGCAGUAUCUUUUUUGUAAAGACUAUUUUAUUCGUAUAAGUCAAUUUUAUAUUAUUUGUGCCCAAUGAAUCAGAAAUGUCAGAGGUAUCUUUUGUUUCAACAGCUACUGAUUCAUCGGUGCAAACUCAAGAAUCCAAAAAGUCUAAAACAAAAAUGCUUUAGGACCACAUGUACAUAGUGGUAUACCGUGGUCUAACCAGGACAAAUCGGUGGGACCACGGGCCCAAAAAAAAUUGCUUCCCCAGACAGGAACUCCGACUAACCGAACAUUAUAUAGUCUGGUUUCCCGACGCGCCGCCCCCGCAUGCUUCGCAUUUCCUUUCAGCCCGGGAACGAUUAGUCGGCUGCCGGCCGCCGCGUGGCGCUGUGCACACACGCAGCUCGUUCCGCUUACAUACCGCUCACAUGGACACGACACUGUUUGUUUACAAUAUCGAUAACCACAGGACACCACGCACGCACACACAGUAUUGCAUGGCGGACGACACGGCGACGGACUGCCUGUUCGAGCGGCUCCGGCUGCACCAGCAGCGUGCUCCAGACGCCACUGAGGUAGCCCGCGCGAUCACCGCCCGCAUCAACUCGCGGCUCACUUCACACGAUAAACAUGUACGCCAAAACACAUUGGACAAGCUAUGGAAUAAGCAAUCGGGUGCUAUUCAAAUGCUACUUUCAAUAUUGGAAAACACCAGAGACACAGCUACAUCUACCUACAUAACUUCAAUAUUAAGGGAAACUCUUUGUUUAAAACAGGGUAAAGGAAAGAAAUGCUCAGCAAACAACCUAGCACGUCAGCAAUGCGCCCAACACUUCAUAUCUAUAAACGGGUCGCAAGCGGUGAUUCGCACUUUAAUUGUGACUCAAGGCAAGCGUGACAGCAGCGUCAGCACCGAGUUAAUGCUCCAAGACCUCAUUUGGAUUCUUGCCUCACUCGCCCCCAAAGAUCCCAAAUUCGCAAUGAAAGUAAGAAUGUUAGGCUGCGUGAGAACAAUGCAUCUUAUACUGAAAGGACAUUUUACAGACAAUAAAUUGAUUUUUCCAUUAUUAGUAAUAAUGAAACAGUUAGCAAAAAAUGCUGUUACAACGUCAAUUUUAAUACGUGAUGGUAUAGUAGGGACAUAUGAAAGAGUGUUGGUCAGUUUGGGAUUCAUCCCAACGGCUAGACUCCGCCUGUGCCUAGAUGCAAUCGAUUACUUCAGCAGAAACAAGGUGUGCUGCAUGCAGAUCGUGAAGACAGGGCUAUGUAGCGUGCUCCUCAGGGUGUUUGAUCGGUGGGACCGUUACGAAGGACGCAUGAGACUCAAGAUUUGCGCCCACAUACUGCAGACAUUGCAGCACCUUUGCAAUAUAAAAGCUGGACGACGUGCUUUAUGUACAAAAAAACACGUGCAAACGCUUCACCGAUUCUGCUCACAGUGCCCAGAUGAGCCAGAGUUCGAUGGACUAUUGGCACGGGUAUGCUCAGUUAUCACACUCUGUCUGAAGCACCAAGCUCUACCAGUGCCUACAUCCAGUCCUGCUGCGUUUAAUCUCAAUCCUAUACUUAAAGGUACAAAUACUUUGUGGCCUUGCCACGAGGACGAAGAAGAUGCAGCCAAUUCGGAUACAAAGACUGUUACUUCGGACAAUGAUGAUGAUGAUGGUCCGGACCUAGAUGUAGACGGAAUCGAUGAAUUUCCUGAUAUAGAUUUCGACGAAAAUGAAAUGAAAUUAGAUAAUAUUGGUGAAGAUAAGGCGUUUAUGAAAGGGGGAGAUAGCAUGCAGAGCUCACUGUGGAUAAAUCCAAACGAGAGAGAUAUAGAAGACUUAAAAAAAUAUUUUAUUUUCUUUAAAGAGUUUGGCUCUUAUAAUAAACAAGUGAGAUUCGUGAAAAGUAGAUCGAAUUCUCGAGGCUCCAUCCUAGAGGAUUUUCUCGGUAACCAGUCAGGAGGUACUAAAGCGUUGACGUCACCUUUAAAUUUGUCUCUCACAGCUGUAUUGGGGAACACGGACUAUGAUAACGUUUACACUGGUUCGCCAUCUGUAUCACAAUUUCAAGGAUGUCAUAGAGUUCAUGAAAGCACUUCAACUACCUCAAACUCAUCCCUUAAAAUACACAAAGAUAUAUCUAAAUACAGUUCUUUUGCAUCUGUAUAUUGUACGAUUUCUUCAAGAGUGAAAAGUGUAAUACCGUUCGUUAAAGUUGCUUAUCCUGACAUGAUGGCAGCUCAAGGUCACAUUCAGCCAGAACCACUCAAUAAAAUGGAACGGACGGCUUGCAGAAUGAAACUUCUGUCCUGUGUAGACCGAGCAAUAAAUCCUGAAGCUUAUAUGAAUGAAGUUGUAUACGACUUAGAUCAAAUUUGCAGUUCUGGAAAUCUGCCAGACAAUGCCACACAGAAAAGUACCGACGGUUUAAUCCUCACAAAUAACGACGAGCAAGAAAUUACUAAACUUAACUGCUUUUCAUCUCGACUGAGUUUUGAAUCUAGAUUUGAGUCUGGUAAUCUGAGAAAAGUUAUUCAGGUAGGUCCGAGAGAGUACGAGCUGAUCCUAAUGCCUGACGUCAACUCCACCAAAAGGCACCAAUGGUUCUACUUCGAGGUGCGCAACAUGCAACAGGGGCGGCCGUACAUCUUCAACAUCGUCAACUGCGAGAAGUCUGACAGCCAGUUUAACUUCGGCAUGAAACCAGUCAUGUAUUCUGUGAAAGAAGCCGUUUUAGGGAAGCCAGGUUGGGUCCGGACAGGAUCCGACAUCUGCUAUUACCGCAAUAGCUACCACUACGCAAACCAGAAGAACCAUACCAAAUGUUACCUCACCGUCACCUUCAAUAUUGAAUUUCCGCACUCCAACGAUGUGUGCUACCUCGCUUAUCACUUUCCAUUCACUUAUUCUAUGAUGAUGACUCGUAUCUGGCAAUGGAGUUUGCAGCUGCCAGCCGGAGCGUAUCUCCGGGUGGAGCCGCUCUGCUACUCCCUCAACAACAACGAAGUGCCACUCGUUACCAUCUCCGCUGAUGAUACGCCGACCAGUCCAAUUGUGGAUAGAGAGAUUAUAUUCCUAACGGCGCGCGUGCACCCGGGCGAGAGCAAUGCUUCCUGGGUGAUGGAUGGUACCCUCGGUUGCUUGCUAGGUGACACCGCGGCUGCUGCAGCCUUACGGACUAAGUACGUGUUCAAGAUCGUGCCGAUGCUCAACGUAGAGGGCGUCAUUAACGGCUGGUACGUAUUAAGUAGUGGUCACAUAUUGACCGAAAUUCACCUUUCGGAAAUUAUUUAA